AUGUUUCGCACUCUCUUGGCCCUUGGCCUUCUCGGCACCCGAGCUUUGGUCGGUGCCGCGACCGAGAUCGAGACCCGAACAAUCGACGAGAUCUACCAGGCUGCUCUUGCCGAAGGGGGCGUCGUCACUCUGUUCCAGGGCGGCGAUGAGACCACCCAAGCCAACGGCCUGAAGACAAACUUCGAGAAAAGAUUCCCUGGCAUGACUCUGAACGUGACCGUCGACGUCUCCAAAUACCACGACGGCAAAAUAGACGAUCAGAUCGCAGCCAACAACGUCUACGUCGACAGCACCAUCCUCCAAACGCUCCACGACUUCCCUCGUUGGGCAUCUGAGGAUGCUCUUCUUGACUACGCCCCUCUGGGCUACGACAAGAUUCUCCCCGAGUUCAAGAACAACGAGACCGCUGCGUACUACGGCCUCUUCAUCAUCUCAUGGGGUGGCCAAUGGCACUCUGGAGAACUGCCCAACAUCACAGCCCCGGUGGAGUGGGAGGACUGGGUCAACCCUGACCUCAAGGACAAGCUUGUCCUGACCUACCCCAACGACGACGAUGCGGUCCUCUUUGCCUUUAAUCUAAUUCUGAAGCAGUAUGGCCCCGCCUGGUUUGACAAGCUCCUCGCCCUGAACCCCCGCUGGGUCCGUGGUACUCAGACCCCAAGCACCAUCUUCAGGAAGAACGAUACCCAAUGGGCUGCCACUUUCACCUCUUCCGGUAACCUGAACCCGGUUUCCCCGAUCAAGUCGUCCUUCCCCGUCAAGGGUCAAUUCGUGUCAUGGCCCCAAACUGGCGGUAUCCUCAAGAAUGCACCCCACCCCGAGGGUGCCAAGCUUCUGCACUCCUAUAUCCUCAGCGCCGAGUACCAGAACAUCCGCGGAGGAUGGAGUGUCCGCGGCGACGUCCCUCCCCCACCCAACUACCCUUCCAUCUUGGAGAUGCCCGGUACCGACCCUACCGCCUUCGGCAAGUGGAUGUCUGACCGCGUGGUUGUUGAGAGACUCCGCUUCUGGUUUGAGGACCGGAUUGGCACCACCCAGGGCCUUAGCCCCCUCAUUGAUGAUCUUUGA